AUGGCGUUUCUUGCAUUCUACGUUUUCGCGGUUCAAGCAAUUCCCCUUCUGUUUGCUGUAGACGCUGCCCCACAAGACGGCAUCACAGCCGAACUGAUCCUCCUCGAUCCCCUCUCCCACACCAACCCCACAGAAAACCGCUACCAACGCAUGCAAUCACGUUCGCGUUUCUCUCGUCCCACCCGAUCGCCGUAUUCCGACGCAAUAUCUGACGUCCGGGGCGGGUACCUGAUGAGAAUAAAGAUUGGGACGCCGCCACUAGAGGUCGUGGGACUUGCAGACACAGGGAGCAAUCUUGUCUGGACGCAGUGUUUGCCUUGUCCAGGUAACUGUAUCCCACAAGAUUUUCCAGUGUUCAACCCUCUCUCUUCCUCCACCUACCAAGACCUUCCUUGCGGCGCAAGUCAGUGCAGAACCAUUAACGGACACACCCACUGUCACGACAAGAACAGUGUCUGCCCUUAUGCAGAGCUGUAUGGCAUAGGGAAAAGCUUCUCUUUCGGGUCGGUUGGGUUCGACACAUUUACCUUCGGCCUGACCUCUGGCUUGCGGUUUUCUCUGAACGAAACCCUCUUCGGCUGCGGUCGAAAUAUCUCCGGUUUCAGCCAUGGCGUGACAGGCAUCAUCGGACUCGGUAGGGGAUCGUUUUCCCUCAUCUCUCAGAUGGGAGACAGAGUGCAGGGUCUCUUCUCCUACUGUUUCGGCGCCGAGACAAGCAAGAUCAACUUCGGAGCAAACGCUGUCGUUUCGGGCGACGGUACUGUGUCCACAUUGCUUUUGCGAAAGAAGUCUAGUCCGAGCCUCUACUACCUAAACCUAGAGGCAGUGAGCGUGGACGACGCACGUGUCGAGACCUCAGGAACCUCGAUGGGUUCAAAGGACGGGAACAUCUUCAUAGACUCGGGAACGACAUAUAUGAUGCUGGCGGAGGACUAUUUCUUGCGCGUCAAGGAAGCCGUGACAGCCUCGAUGAGAGAGAAAGGAGCCUAUCCCCAGGACGGGAACUGUUACUCGCCAUGCAAUCUCGAGGAUUUUCCGGUGAUAACGAUGCAUUUCGCUGGUGCGGAUCUUGUAAUGGGACGAUCAAACACGUACGAUAACGUAGACACGGGGGUGGUUUGCUUAAAGUUCGUGCCGGCCCUAGAUGGGUAUCGUCCUGUUCUCGGCUACGAAGCGCAGUCCAAUUUCUUGAUUGGUUAUGACACUGUCUCGGAUAUCAUCUCCUUUAAGCCCACCAACUGCACUUCUCUUUGGCAUUGA